AAAACUAUGGAUCCUUCAGCUCGCGAUUUAAUUUUUGCAUUAUUAAAUAAAGAUCCCAAUCAAAGAUUGGGAGCUAAAGAAGGUUUAGAGGAAAUCAAAAAAUCCAAAUUCUUUGCUCCCAUUAAUUGGGCAGUAAUAGAAAAACGUGAAAUGCCUGGACCGUUAAAACCGAAUAUUACUGGAGGACAGACUGACGUUGAAAAUUUUGCUUCUGAAUUUACUGCACAAACACCAUUAUUCUCUCCAGCAGAAAAACCUUCACAAGAAUUUCAUAAAUUUUUUAGAGGAUAUUCUUUUGUUUCGCCUUCUGUUAUUUUCUCAAACGAUAAUGUAAUUGGCCAAGAAUGCCUCGAAGAAUCUGUCCAACUUUUAACUUCAAAUAAUUCUGCCUUCUUUUCAAAAUAUAAAUUAGACACAACUCCUCAGGGAUUCCUUGGACGGGGCUCUUUUUCUGUUUGUAGAAAAUGUCAAAGAUUAAAUGAUGGAAAAGAAUUUGCUGUUAAAAUUGUUUCCCAAAGAUUUGCAAAUCAAGCAAUAAGAGAAGUUCGAAUAUUGGAAACAUUAAAUCCCCAUCCACAUAUCGUUCCAUUAAUUGAAGCAAUAUCUGAUCAAUUUCAUUAUUAUAUUGUUUUGGAAAAAUUGGAAGGAGGGGAAUUAUUGGAUCGGUUGAGAAGAAUGGAAAAGUUUACAGAAAUUCAAGCAGCAGAAAUAAUGACUCAAUUAGUUUCUUCAUUACGGCAUAUGCAUUCAAAAGAUAUUGUUCAUAGAGACUUGAAGCCUGAAAAUAUUCUUUUUGCUAGUAGUGAACCUGGCAAUUAUUCUCUUCGCCUUGUUGAUUUUGGAUUUGCAAGAAUUCUCCCUUCUACUAUGCGUGGAAAUAGUGGAAGUUUUUCUUCGUCAACAAAAAAUUUAAUUACUCCUCUUUGUGGAACAUUACAUUAUGCGGCUCCGGAAGUUUUGGAAAUUGAAGAUGAAUUACCACAAUAUAAUCAACAAUGUGAUUUGUGGAGUCUUGGUGUUGUUUUGUUUACUUUACUUUCUGGAAAAGUACCUUUUCAUGCUAAAAGUCAAGCUGAAUCAGCUGCUGAUAUUAUUGCGAGAAUUAAAAGGGCUGAAUUUUCUUUUGAAGGGCCAGUUUGGGGAAUGGUAUCUGAACCGGCAAAAGAUUUAAUUACUGGUCUUCUAACAGUAGACCCAACACGUAGAUUAUCUCUUGCUCAAGUAGCAAAACAUCCAUGGUUAGAUUCAGCAAAAACUCCAGAAUCUUCUGCAUAUACAGCAACAGAAUUACCUACCCCAACAAUUUUACCUAGAAGUGCCGAUGAAACUUUUAAUGCAACAAUUUCAGCUUUUAUUUCAGCUUCACGUGAAGGAUUUCAAUUAAUGGAUGUUUAUACAGCACCUUUAUUAGUUAAAAGAAGAGGAAUUAAAAGACAAAGAGUUGGAGGAGAAAAUAUUGAAGAUGAAGGAAGAAAAGGAGGAGGAGAAUUAUUAAAUGAAAAUGAGGGGAUGAAUGAAGAAGAACAAAAUAAUGAAAGACAAAUUGGUUUUGGAAAGCAACCAGCACUUUGUUCGGUACCAGAAGGUUCUGAAACAUGUUCACCACCAACAAUUCGUCGUCCAACAACUUUAAAUGUUUUUAGCCAAGAAGAUAAUUUAAAUAAUCAACAACAACAACAUUCACUUCCCCAAAUAAAUAAUACAAAAAUUGUUGGAAAUUCUUCAGUUUUUACAGAAUAUAGAGAUACAAAACCUUCAUAUCUAAAAUAUAGCAGAGAUGAUGUUGGGGGAAAUAAUUCAAUAAAUAAUAAUGAUUUUGAGAAGAAACCGAUGAAAGCUAAAUUUUUUGUUGAAGAAAAUAGUAGUAGCAGUAACAGUAAUGAAGAUAAUUAA